UUGAAAACAAAGUGUACCUGGAAAUGUAUUGUGUGUGUGAAAAAGAAAAUUGAAGAUGUAUCCUUCAGUAAACGUGAGCGACAUUAUUGAUAGCGACAUACCAUAUCGUAAAGAGUACUACUCCUCUCCUUCCGCACCACCGCAGCCUCCCAACACCGCCACUUUCACCGGUAUCCGCCAACUCCAAACCGAUCCUCCACCGCUUACUACUUCUACUGCUUCUCAUUCCCCCCUCCCAUGGUCCACCGGUCUCUGCGAUUGUUGCGACGAUGUUACCAGUUGUUGCUUGACAUGCUGGUGUCCAUGUGUCACAUUUGGACGCAUUGCAGAAAUGGUCGAUAGGGGAUCAACUUCAUGUGGAGUAAGUGGAGCGCUCUACACAUUGAUAUUGUGCGUGACUGGUUGCUCGUGUAUGUACUCGUGCUUUUAUCGGUCCAAAUUGAGGGGUCAAUAUUUCUUGGAAGAGUCCCCUUGUACCGAUUGCUGCAUCCACUGUUGCUGCGAGGAAUGUGCUCUCUGCCAAGAGUAUAGAGAGCUCAAGAACCAUGGCUUCGACAUGUCUAUAGGUUGGCAUGGAAAUGAGGAAAGGAAGAAAAGAAUUGCUGCAAUGCCUCCAACGGCACAAGGAAGCAUGAAGAGGUAGAAGGCACAGAUGGAAAUUAGUGUAUUUACUCCAUAAGAAAAUAUUAUAUUUAAUGAAAUAAAAUGUAAGCCUCUUCGCUCAUUUAUGUAAUAAACUAAGAGAAGCUCUAUAUAUCCCGUUGGUGUAAGGGGACUAAAUUUGUUUAUGAUUAUUCUUCCACUAUUUAUUUUUACUUAUUACAA